AUACUCAGUGAUUCCUGAAAGUGUCUUUGGGUCUUUUUCCGUCCAUCCCCCAUUUCUCUUCAGAUCAGAUCAUGUCUCACUCCGGUGCUCAAGGCAGCUUUGGCAGCCACUCUGCAAUAGGACUGCACAAUUACAAGAUAUGCUUCUAUGAAUAUGAGAACUUCCAAGGCCGUAGGAUGGACCUGUUUGGCAAGUGCCACAACUUGUGUGAGAAAGGUUUCGAUAGAAUCGGCUCAAUCAGAGUGGAUUGUGGACCAUGGGUGGGUUAUGAGCAGCAGAACAUGAUGGGAGAGAUGUUCAUGCUGGAAAAGGGGGAGUACCCCCGCUGGGACACCUGGUCCAACAGCUACAGGUGUGACUGUAUCAUGUCAGUCAGACCAGUCCAAAUGGACCCACAGGACCACAAAAUUUGUCUGUAUGAAUGUGCAAACUUUGAGGGUCGUAAGAUGGAGGUCUGCGAUGAAGAUAUACCAAGUCUGUGGUCGUACGGCUUCCAAGAUCGUGUCGGUAGUCUUCAGGUGACUGGUGGAACCUGGGUGGGCUACCAGUACCCGGGUUACCGUGGCUACCAGUAUGUGUUUGAGAUGGGUCCUUACAAGCACUGGAAUGACUGGGGUGCUCAUCACCCCCAGAUCCAGUCCAUCCGACGUGUGAAAGACAUGCAGACUCACCGCAGGGGCUGUUUCGAGAUGAAUGCAUAGAAAUGAGAUCGACAGACGAAGAGGAAGGAAACACACGGGUCGCGCUUACCAUGGUGCUGCAAAUCCAUUGGAAAUUCAAAAAAAAGCCACUAAAGAUAAUGGCUUUUGGAUGUUGUUACUGCUUUUAUUGGCAGAUGAAGGGAGUAUGUGCCAUCGUUUAUGGGAUGGAAUGUUGUGACUGUGACACUUACAGAGUAACACUGAUAUAAACUGAAUCUACAGACCUCAUAGAAAUAUCAUUUAUACAAGUCAGAUUAUAGCAGAUUCAAUGAAUACUUUGUAUUUUAUUUUAUUUUUUUAGUUUGUUUAAUUGCUAUAUGCAUCCAUGCAUUUAUCUUUUAUUAUUCUUGUUUACUGAACUGAUGCCAUUAAUCACUCACUUUGUGCUGGCAUC